GUGCUCUGUGUUUUGACUCACCUCCAGCUCCCUGGCUCUACGUGGUCGUGCGCACCUCGCGAGACCGAUGCACAACAUAAAUCUCGUAGUGAUGGCUGCGCCGCCCGAUGCGGAGAGUUUGGAGUCUCGUAUCAACAGAGCCACUAAUCCACUGAACAGAGACACAGACUGGGGCAGCAUCCAUGCCUUCUGUGACCAGCUCAACAAUGAUUUGGAGGGACCCCAACUGGCCACCAGGCUCCUGGCCCAUAAGAUCCAGUCUCCGCAGGAGUGGGAGGCCAUGCAGGCCCUUCUGGUGCUGGAGACAUGUAUGAAAAACUGCGGGAAAAGGUUUCACAGUGAAGUGGGCAAGUUCCGCUUUCUCAACGAGCUCAUUAAAGUAGUUUCUCCCAAGUACCUGGGUUCGCGGUCACCAGAACCUGUUAAAAAGAAAGUUUUGGAGUUGAUCUAUAGCUGGACGUUGGGCUUGCCUGAUGAGGCAAAGAUCUCAGACGCCUAUCAGAUGCUGAAGAAACAAGGUAUUGUCAAACAGGACCCAGAAUUGCCACCUGACAAACUACUCAACCCGCCUCCACCCAGACCCAAGAAUGCUAUUUUUGAGGAUGAGGAGAAGUCAAAGAUGCUCUCUCGUCUGUUGAACAGCACUCACCCCGAGGACCUAAAAGCAGCUAACAAACUCAUCAAGGAAAUGGUUCAAGAGGACCAGCGGCGAGCCGAGCGAGUGUCAAAGCGGGUGAAUGCCAUCCAGGAGGUGAAGGAGAGCGUCAGUCUGCUGACUCAGCUGCUGGAAGACUACGACAGGACGGCCAGCGAGCAGACCAACGCUGAACUCAUACAGGACUUGUACCAGCGCUGCGAGAAGAUGAGACCUACGUUGUUCAGGCUAGCAAGUGACACAGAGGACAAUGACGAGGCUCUGGCGGAGAUCCUGCAGGCCAACGACAGCCUGACCCAGGUCAUAAACCUGUACAAGCAGCAGGUGAAGGGGGAGGAAGUGAACGGCAACAACACAGUAAACACUCAGAGACACACAGGAGGAAGGACUGCGCUACUAGACCUGUCAGGACUGGACACGUCCCCCCAGUCCCCUCCCUCCUUCCCAGAGUUCCCCACUCCGACAGACAGCCUCAACGCCCCCUCCCAGGAGAUGGGAAUCAGUCUCCUUGACGAUGAGCUCAUGUCACUAGGUUUGAGUGAAGGGACCCACACCUCAAACCCUGCCUCCCAGCCCGAGGACUCCACAGCAUGGGACUCCUUCCAGUCCUCUGACAGCAUAGACACAGACCUCCCAGCAGCACCCAGUCUUCUUCUGAGCCCAGACCCACCCUCCCACUCUCAGCCCCUCUCCUCUGGCUCCACCCCAGGGAGCUCAGCCCUGGAUGAGCUGGAUCUGCUGGGGAAGACGCUGCUGCAGCAAUCCCUGCCUCCAGAGAGCCUGCAGGUCAAAUGGGACAAGCAGCAGUCCAAACCAACUCUGCGAGAUCUCCAGAGCAAGUCUGGAUCGAGUAUUGUCCCAAACCCCAUCCCAGCCUUCACCUCUGAACCUCCCGGGGCCCUCCUGAACUCUCAGCCCAGCCUCGGAGCUACACUACUGGAUAUGUCCCCAACUCACACAGAGGCUCCUCCAGCAGAAGUCAGCCUGGCUGAUGUUUUUGUACCACUAGAAUCCAUUAAGCCCAGUAGUCUGUUACCGGUCACCGUUUUUGAUGGACACAGUUUGCGAGUUCUGUUCCACUUUGCUCGUGACUCGCCUCCGUCUCGCCCUGAUGUGCUGGUGGUCAUCAUCUCCAUGCUGUCCUCCGCCCCCGUCCCUGUGACCAAUAUAAACUUCCAGACCUCUGCUCCAAAGUCCAUGGCAGUGAAGCUGCAGCCUCCAUCAGAAACAGAGCUUCCAGCCUUCAACCCCAUCCUGCCUCCUGCUGCUGUCACACAGAUCCUGCUGCUGGCCAACCCAAACAAGGAGAAAGUGCAGCUGCAGUACAGACUAACCUUCACCAUGGGCGAGGAGCAGCACGACGAGAGCGGCAGUCUAGAACAGUUCCCUCCUCCCGAGACGUGGGGGAGUCUAUAGCAGUCCCACAGCAUCACAAGCUGACAGACUCUCUGCUUUCAGACUCAGCUUCCUUCCUAAUCCAACCCUCCAACUCAACACUUUGCAGAAAUGUUUUUUUUUUUCUACCACACUGUAUUUUCUUUCACUGGUAUCAGUUGUUUUCUUUGAAUUAUCCGCCUGCUUAAUCAGUGUAUUGUGUUUAUGCUUUGCUUAAUGAGUCUAGGGCUAGUUUGCUGUAUGUGGCUGCUUUAAAACAAAACAAACAAACAAAAAAAAAGAACUGCAACUGCUUCCUCAGCUUUGUUGUCUUUGUUUUUAACAGGUAAUGCUAUGAAGGAAGAAAAAAAAUAAUCUGGUGUGUGCAUAAUUACUGUUAUAACUAUUUGGUGUGCUUGAUUUUAUUCACCCAGUGCACAAUUUGGUUCAUCAGAAAUUACGAUUUGGGACCGGUUGCGUUCACUUCUGCAUGCUCUGCUCACCUGGGGAACCACGCUCGUGAAAUCAGGCACACCAAAUAGAAAGGAAACUGGGGGUUGAUACGCAGGAAAAGAUUGUCUGAGUCUCACCUUCUUGGGAAAAAAAACAACAAAAAAGCUGUACUGAAUUAACUUUUUGUGUUAAUGUUGUAUAUGUUUAUUUUGUGAUGCGUGAUUAUCAUUGAGAUUUCUUUGGUAAUGACUGGGUUCACGUUUUCAUUUGCACAGAGAAUGAGUUAUUUUUCCUCAUUUCCCCCAUCUUGUAGAAAGAACAAAAAAUUAGUAUGACAUCAAGGUUUUGUUGUAUCUGCCAUAUGUGCCUAUUUUGCAGUUUGAUUUUGUUUCAUAUCCAUUCUGGGAUUUAAUUAUUUAUCUUGGUCUCAUCUGUUACAUUUCCAAGCCACAUUAGGUCUGCAAACAGCUUGUCUGAGAUACAGAUCAACUACAGAAUAAUGUUAGCAAUUUAUUAAUAUUACCAAGCAUUUUCUGCAGUGUAUAAAUUAAAUGUUGACAAAAAAAAAAUCUUUUAGGUAGUGACCCAAUUCUUAAUUUCAGCUUUUAAUCGGGGAAUUUCAAUAUCGGUGACUUGAGUGUAUGCAAACUGAGCUGCAAACAGGUGUCCUGGCCGACGUCCGUCUCUCUUCAACAUGCUCAACUUGUUUUUGUGGUCUGCAAUGCAUGUUAGCCGCGCUGAACCACUUCCUAUUUCCCACAGGCUCGCAAGCACAUUCCAUGGCACUACUUAUCUCCAGUACGACUGCUUUGUAAAUACCGAUGAUGGCAGUUCUGUUAUGUACAUUUGCCUUGUGCGACGUGCAAGAGAAUAACACUGAAAAUAAUCUAAUAAUGGGUAAUAAAGGUUUUUUUUCUUGGUGAUUUGAA